AUGGACGAAGGGCUUAAGAUUACUAAUGAAAAACGUCAUAGGAGUUCCAGUAGUCUCGCUGGAAUAUUGGAUGGUGUACGCUCUGAAAGGAAAUUAGAUCUUAAGGAUUCAAUACCGGAAGUUGAUGACCAGUUUACAAUAGCGGAAGCGCGAUGUAAAGAUUUACAGCAAAAAAUUAAUCUUGUUAAAACUCUUAGAAGAAAAAAGAAGUUAAAAAAACGCAGCAUGACUACAAUAACAGAACCAAGCUCUACAUCGGAGAAUGUGCCCUUAAUCACUGUCCGUACUCAGCCUAAGAAAACCCUGUUGGUUACAGAAGUGUCGCAACAGUCGUCCAGGUUGAGAAGACUCGAGAUUCCUGCCAACACGCAUCCGCGUGGUUAUAUUGACCCCGACUUGAUUGAACAACACCAGAUGCUUGACAGAGUGCAUGCUUAUAGGCAGGAACAAUUACCGAAGAUGAAUAAGGCUAGUUUUAACAGAAAAAUAAUGUUAUCUGCUACUAAAGCCAAAUGCCAAGAUAAUGAGCCUGAACAAACAACACGUUCUCAUCUUCGACGCGGUCGUGCUGCCGGCGACACGAUGUAUGGACAAGGUGUACAAAUAGACAUACAAAAUCUAGCUCACGAAGUAGCAUGUGGUGAUGAUGAACAUUCUGAUGACGCAUUCGAUAGACACAAUGAUAAAUAUCCAGAGAAAAUAGGAAAUAACACUAAAAGAUACUAUGAUAGUCGUCCACAAUCAAAGCAAAAGGGAAGACAUGUUCCAAAAGAAUUAUCCUCUCAAACAGUGCCAACUCAACAAUGGGUUGAAAAUGCUCAAGAAAGACGGCAUGACACUCCUUCUGAUAAUCGACGUCACGAAUCAUCUAAUAAAAGAAGAAAUAACUUAGGGUCGUAUGUAAAAGAAAUGGACGAUAGACCAGUUGUAGAAUUAUUUAAUAAAAGCCGCCACUCUGCGGAACCUCUCCAACGGCGGCUGAAUGUUAACAUCACUGGGCAUAUGAAAGAUCAUAAAGGUGGGGAUUCCCCAGUUCAUGAAGAAGAAGCAACAGGCCCCCUAGAGGAUAUUACGUCCAAUAAACCGAAGAAACAAAAGGGUAGACGCAAAUACCAUAGCCGGCGUUACGAAAUGCCCACGGUGUCCUCGCAAAUGAAGCAGGCAGGAUUUCGCUACUACUACGGUAACACUAACCGCACAAACAUUCCCUUCAUAGUGAGCAAAAGCACCGCACCAUCUCAUAACAUAGGUGUUAAUAUACAACAGGUUUUAAACGGACUCAAAGUGCAACAGCCAUUAUCUGGUAUACCUUUGACCAUCGCGCAUCAUAUGGGAUUGCGACAUGUACCAACACAUGGUACGAAGAGCGCUACAAUAGAGCCAAUGUUACAUAACAACGAGAUUAACGUGAUCAAGUUGGGUCGGAAGAUGUUAAGGCUUCCUUCAUACAAGUACAUGUCGUACAAUCGCCUAUUGAUGCUAUACCGGGAAGGCGACGGUGUCGUACCUCGGUUCCUACGAGCUAUUAGCCGACCGAAUUAUUUUUAUACUUCCAUGUACAACCUAGCGACUAAUCGUGAAGAUUUCGACGCAGCGACAUCUAAGGGGCAAGUCGAACGUCAGGCGGCGAAGCAGACUUUAGUAGAGUAUGCUAAUUUAUACCGUGAAUACCAACGUGUGGAUAAAUCCCUUAAUGAAAACUAUAAUCCCGAGCUCGAGGCGCGUAAGGAUGACUUGGCGAGGCAAAUGACCGCGCGCGAAAGCUUUAUACGAAAGGUAGUCCAGGAAUACCAACCUGAGGACGAAGAUCUUUUAACUCUUCGGGCGUCGGCUUCCACGGGGCAGGAGGCCUACCGCAAUUCAAAUUUUAGUCUACAACCAGAUAAUGUUAAA